UUUCUGAGGACGCAAGGACGCCUCCAACAAAUUACAGAGGUUACAGAGGGCUUAUUCGUUGAGCGAUUCCGGCGGCUGGCUAGGGUUUUUCUGAUCGCUAUUCACCAGUAGAUGAUCAAUGGGUUCGGUAGAAACGUGUGGCAGAUUUGAUGAAGAGCAUAUAAUGACUGACGAGGAAUUCGUCUUCUACAGGAAUGAAGUCGUGAAGAGCGAGGGCUUUGAUAUUCCUUCCAUGCCUGACGUCUCCUCUUUUCACAUGAUCCAACCAUGCAACUUAAACCGCGAGGACGAAUACAUCUUGUUCCAACAAUAUUCGCAGCUUGCAAUUGACGAAUACCACCGUCGCUUCAAGGAUACAAGUGCAAAGCUGGAGCUUGUGAAGGUUUUAAAAACAAUGUCUAUGGUUCUUGAUAUAGUCAGGUUUUUCAUCACCUUUGAGGCCAAGGAUCUUGAUGAUGGAGGUAAGACUAAGACCUAUCAAGCUGUAGUGCGUAUGGAUGUAUUUGGGGAGUCCGUGUUGUCUUUCAGGCUAAAACCUACUGAGGAUGAACAAGGAGAGGCUGAUGAUGGAAAUCUUCUCCUUUUUUGGGAGGCAAUCUUGGGAAAGAAUGGUUUUGGGAAGGUCAUCUUGCAGAUGGUUUUGUAGUUUGAGAAGAUUUCUGACAGGUGACAUGCUUGUGGAGCUUAAGGAAGGAGAUUGUGGGAAAUAGGUAAUUAAUUAUGAUGCAAAUGGAAGAAUAGUACUUCUAGUCUUGAUGAAGUAUCUGUGAUGCUUCCUUGAUGGUUGCUUUUGCUCACUUAAUAUUGUUUGCAGAACUCAUGUUUUAAAUAUUACACUUGGAUAGCUGCUAUGUA